UCCGAUGAGGAGAAUACAAAUCCCAUUGCUUGCCCCUUUACCUUUAUGACGUCUUAGUCACUCAAACUGAAACUGCACACUGCAACGAGAGAGAGAGAGAGAGAGAGGGAUAAGAAGGGUAAUGGUGUGAUUUGGUCAAGAAGAUUGAUAACAACACUUAUGACGGUUCUCUGUGUCACUAUGCUUUGAAACGAGAGAAUUAAGGAUUUGCCCCUCUCUCUCUAUAUAUAUUAUAUUUCUAUUUAUAUACAUGGCAACUGCACCGUUCAUUCACGCGCGCUGUGGUUACUCGCCUCGAAUCUGCAAUCGCAACAAGAGUGGCUCGCAAGCCUCGUCUUCUCAUGCUUCAUCGUCCUCUUCGCCCUCUUGUUCUUAUUCAUCCUCCUCUUCCAGCUCCGGUUUGUGUUUCCUUUUUGGUACCAACAGUGGGCAGAGACACCAGGGCCUCAGAGCUCAAGCUAUGAGUACCAUCACUCAUGGAAAGUCUGUUGCUAGCAUAGAGAAUUCAAAGAACGACCCUGAUCAUCUCCUUGUUCUUGUUCACGGUAUCUUGGCUAGUGGAGGGGAUUGGACUUAUGCAGAAGCAGAAUUGAAAAGGCGCCUUGGAAAAAACUUUUUAAUUUAUGUAAGUUCAUCAAAUUCUUACACUAAGACAUUUACUGGGAUUGAUGGAGCUGGAACGCGAUUAGCUGACGAAGUCAUGCAGAUUGUUAAAAGGACAAAGAGCCUGAAAAGAAUCUCCUUUCUGGCCCAUUCUUUAGGAGGUUUGUUUGCUAGAUAUGCAAUUGCUGUCCUUUAUUCACCACCUACCUAUAAUGGGGACCAACCCAGUGAUCUAGCAAACAGCACGACAGACAAUUCCCAAAGAACAAGCAUUUCGAAAGGAGGGAUGAUUGCUGGGUUGGAGCCAAUCAAUUUCAUUACUUUAGCAACUCCACAUCUUGGUGUAAGGGGAAAAAGGCAGCUUCCAUUUCUUUUUGGCGUCCCAUUCCUAGAAAAGCUUGCUGCACCAAUUGCUCCUUUUUUUGUUGGUCAAACUGGUAGCCAGUUGUUCCUUACAGAUGGUAAACCCAACAAACCACCUCUUCUUUUGAGAAUGGCUUCUGAUUGUGAAGAUGGAAAGUUUCUAUCUGCACUUGGAGCAUUUAGAUCUCGCAUCGUUUAUGCUAAUGUUUCAUAUGAUCAUAUGGUUGGGUGGCGCACAUCCUCUAUUAGGAGGGAAACCGAGCUUAGUAAGCCUCCUCGCCAAUCUUUAGAUGGAUACAAGCAUGUGGUCGAUGUGGAAUACUGCCCCCCGAUCCCUUCUGAUGGGCCUCGUUUUCCUCCAGAAGCAGUGAAAGCAAAGGAGGAAGCACAAAAUGCGCCCAAUACCCAGAAGACUGUGGAAUAUCAUGAAAUUAUGGAAGAUGAGAUAAUACGGGGAUUACAGCAGUUGGGAUGGAAAAAAGUUGAUGUCAGCUUUCACUCAGCAUUCUGGCCUUUCUUUGCUCAUAACAACAUUCAUGUGAAAAAUGAAUGGCUUCACAAUGCUGGUGUAGGAGUAAUUGCUCAUGUGGCUGACAGCUUAAGACAGCAAGAAGCAUCAUCAAUUUUGGCUGCUAGCUUGUAACUAGUGUAUGUAAUUUCACUAUGCCUAAGACACGACUAACUGCACAAUACAAGAUGAAGAAAAUCAUUCUUUCAUUUUAAUAGUAUUAAUAUAUUUACAACAUCUUAUUAUGAACAUAUGUUCAUACAAGCAUAUAGUAGUUCUUAAUGGCGGUUGUCAUGGAACUUGGUAGAAAGAUAUAUUAUCGUACCAAUGAAAACAAAAUGUGGUUUGUGCGUAUUAGAAUGACUGGUAUAGAUACGAAUUUAGAAGUGGGAGCACACAUUUGAGCUUCCACAC